GCCUACGAGGAGUUCGGCGCGUUGUCGCUGCAGCUCGGGCAGGAAGAGUUGCCUCCGCUCCGGCACGCCUGCGCUCUCGCAACCACCCUGAAAACCUUGCCGCGAUCAGUCAUCAAAAGCCGCAUCCGCGUGAUGUGGAUGCAGCAGCUCGAGGAGCUUGCCCAGCAGGACGGGCCCCACACUUGCCGGCCCGUAGACUUGGAGCAGGCAGUUCAGCAAUUGAGCAAGAUGGCAGAAGAGGACGCCGUUGCGGUGAUCCGACAUGUGUCGAACCUGUGCGAAGAAAACGCGCAGGAUCUCGUAGAGCUGUGA